UUUGCUUCAAAAUUUCGAGUUUCGAGCGGUACAGUGAAAUCGAAAUUCAAAGGAGAAAGGCAGUUGAUGAAGAAGGUUAUGGAUGAAUCCGAAGAAUUCGAACCCUUGUUCGAUUACAGUCGCGUUCAGCCUCCCAGCGUCGUGUGCCUCGAUGAUGAUGAUGAGGAUGUGGUUUGCAUUGCUAAGAAGAGGAAGACUUCUCAGCCUGUUGAGAAUGCGAAGACUAAUGUGAAAGCGGUAACAGUGGUGGACAUUGAGGACCAGGAUGAUGAUUGGUUACCUCCUCCACCAAAAACCUCCAGUAAUGCACAUAGUAUGCUUGAUGAGGAUUCAACUUUGAAGAAAUUGAGAUUAAAGAAGCAGGAGCUUGUCUCAUUCACUGAAUCAGCAAAAAAUUUGUUCAAAACUGUUGAGGAGUCUACAAAAAAGGAAAUGUGUAAUUCAUUGCCGUCUUCCAUGGAUGAUGUUAGUGAAAAAACAUCAGAACCUUCUGAAAGAGCAAAGAUUCUCAUCUCUUUUCAAGGCAAGGAUGAAACAAAGCAGAUUCGUAUGUUCAAGGAUGACAAGUUUGAAAGGAUUGUCAAAAUAUAUGCCGAGAAAAUAAGUUGUGACCUGAAACAGAUAGUGUUGUCUUUUGAUGGUGAUAAAGUAAGUUUGUCUGAAACCCCUGCUAGCCUUGGAAUGGAAGACAACGAUAUUAUUGAAGUUCACGUGAAAUCAAGUUGAUCUAGGUCUUCAAUCAUGGAGCUCAAACUGACAUUUUGGGGCCUCUUUGGGAGGUAACGUUACCCUUGAAGUUUUCUUCUUCUUCUUCUUCUUAAUUGAAAAACAAUGUUUGUUGUUAAAUGUAUUAGCAAUAUAGGGCCUAAUUGUACAGCACACAUUUUGAUGGAACUGUCUUUUGGUGGAAUUUUUUGGGCAUAGAGUAUAGGCUUUUCUUCUUCUUUAAUUGAAAAACAAUGGUAGUUGUUAAAUGUAUUAGCAAUAUAGGGCCUAAUUGUACAGCACACAUUUUGAUCGAACUGUUUUUUGGUGGAAUUUUUUGGGUAUAGGGUAUAUAGGCGGGAACUGUCUUCUUGUUGUUGUUGGUGUUGCUAGUUGUUGAAUGUAUUAGCAAUAUAGGGUCUAAUUCUUCUUCUUCUUCUUCUUCUUCUGGGUAGUUGUUAAAUGUAUUAGCAAUAUAGGGCCUAACACAUUUUGAUGGAACUGUCUUUUGGUGGAAUUUUUUGGACACAGAGUACAAGCUUGUCCGCUUGUAACACGCAGAAUCCCUCCUUUUGUUAGAUGUACUACGUUUUGAU